UGUUGCAGCCACGCGAGCGCUAGUGUGCGAGCGAGGCCAGGCGAGGCGCGCGCCGAGGUACAGCAGGUAGCGUGCGCAGGACUGGCGGCCGUCAUGGGCUCGGACGCGGACGCCGCCUCGAAGAAGCAGAAUGGAGGACCGACGGUGCCCUACGACCCGAUGGCGGUCACGUGGAUGGACAGCCACAGCGAGACCGUGGACAAGGUGUGGGGCCGCGUGCCCGAGCUGUUGCGGCCCGUCAUCGUGUUCCUCGCGGUGUUCGUCAUGGGUGCCACCAUGAGGGGUGAAUGGCUCAUCAUGUUCAUCCACUGUUUGAAAUAUUUAGGAAUCAUUCAUGGUGACGCUUCCAUUAGCUUCAGCCACAUCAAGUGGUCGGAAGUAACCUUAGAAUCUCUGUACCUCAAGAACGUAUUCUACUACUGGUUAGCAGCUUGUACAGUUUCCUACACAAUGUACUUCGCUAUCGGUGGUUUUUUGCAUUGGUACUACUACCUGAACAAGCGCGACCGGCCGCACGAGUGGAAGUGCCAGCCGGAGAAGUUCAUGCCGCCUGAUCUGGAGCGACACGAAAUCGUGUUCGGCUGCACCAGCCUGGCGUUCACCAGCACUCUAUCGGGCGCCGUCGCCUGCUGGGUCAGCAACGGCGGCUGGUCCACCGUCUACUACGAGUUCGGCGAGUUCUCGUGGACCUGGUGGUUCGCUCAGUGGCCCGUCAUCUUCGUGUACCAGGACUACACGACUUACUGGCUGCACAGAAUCUACCACACGCCCUUCCUCUACAAGCACUUCCACAAGAUGCACCACAAGUACAAGCAGCCCACUGCCUUCUCCGUGACGGCGAUACACCCGGUAGAGAUACUCCACAUACAGAUAUUCAUGAUGCUGCCCAUCUUCAGUGUGCCGAUACACUUCGUGCCCUUCUACGUGAUCGCCCUGUUCACGUACUACAACGGCAUCAUCGACCACUCCGGCAUCGACUUCAAGGCUCCGUGGUGGCUGCCCUGGCAGCCGGACACCAUCUUCCACGACAACCACCACCAGUACUUCCACGUCAACUUCGGCUUCAACUGCUACUUCUGGGACAUGAUUCAUGGCACGUACCGACGUAAGGACAGAAUAUACACAGAGGAUACGUUUUACGGCCAAGGAAAGUCACUGAAAGAAGCUUCGAAGGAAGAAAUAAUUACUGACUUGAAAGAACGUGAGUCCGAGAACCCUAUAGCGUUUCGAGGCAACUACGAUGGUUUCAAGAUAUCACAAGAAGAACUGAAAAAAAUUGGGUAACCAACUGAACAAUAAUUCGGCCCUUCUCGUGCAAAAACAUCUCGACGUUGUAUAUUUUGUACUCGAGGGUCACCUUAUGACUGAAUCUAAAUAUUAUAAGUGUUUCCCAAUCAUUUACAACAACCCAGAUUAUGUUUUUUUUUUAAAUUAAUCGUUUGAAAGUGUUUAUUAUUUACAGUGCGUCGCAAAGAUACCAAAACAUAUCUAUGUUUUCGGAAAAGCUACAACACACUUCAGGUUGUUGUUUAUGUGUGCGUGUUAUUACUGUGUUAUGACUGUGAUAAUAUCAUUGUAAUUUUAUUUAUGUGGAUAUUUUCUCUUAUAGCCAUUAAAGUUUUUAAAUUACAAUA